AUUAAAAUCCUUCAUAAUAUCAGCUAUGGAUUAAGUACAAUUCAUAGAGAAAAUUAUUGUCAUGGAGAUUUCCAAACUAGUAACAUUUUGCUUGAAAAUUAUGGUAACUAUCUUGGCCCAGUAAUUUCAGAUUUUGGUCUUUGUCGUCCUGCAGAUCAAAGUUCUAUAGUUAAGACAAUAUAUGGUGUCUUGCCAUUUAUAGCACCGGAAGUUUUACGUGGUAUAGAGUUUACCAAAGCAUCAGAUGUUUAUGGGUUUGGAUUUGUGAUGUUAGAAAUAAUCUGUGGCAACGUACCUUUUUCUGAUAAGGAUUAUGAUAUUCACUUAGCUCUGAAAAUUUGCAAGGGAGAACGUCCACCAAUUCCAGAAUAUACACCUGAGCCAUAUGCUGCCUUGAUAGAACGCUGUUGGGAUCCUAUUCCUACCAAACGUCCAACGGCUCAAGAAUUGUAUAGGCAAAUU